UUCUAGAUCCCAUUUCGAUUCAGCUUUCGCUUCGAUACACAUCCAAAUUUCUCAGAACAAAUUUUAAGUCAAAAAAAAAAACAAAUUUUACUGUUUUUAGAAUAAUUUCUGGCAAUCUUUAUCAAUCGGAAUCAUGUGCUCCCCGUGCGGUCCCUGCAGCCCCUGCGAUCCGUGCUGCGGCCCCUUCGAGUGUUCGCCCAAAUGCUACAAUGCCGCCCAGUUAGAGGCACUGCCGCAAUGUGCUCCGCGCAUCCCGCCGCCCUUCCCCAAAUGCAUUACCGUGCAGCAGCCGCCACGCAUGAUCUGCAAGAAGCGGGUCGUGUUUACGGAAAAGAUUGUUCCAGAGCCAAUGGUAGUUAACCGCUGCCGGCAGAUCACCAUCCCGAAAGUGGUGGAUGCUACACGGGUCAUCAAGGUACCGAAGCUCAUUUGGGUCUCUCAAAUGGUGCGCGAGCCCAGGGUUAUCUACUACCCUUCAAUGAUCCCCGAUCCCUAUGUGGUGUGCUAUCCCAAGCGCGUCUGCGAGCCGCGGGAGGUCUGCCAGUCCAUUCUGUGUCAACCGAAGCCCCAGACCAUCGAUAUCCCGCCACCCAGGGAGUACUGCUGCUAUCCCAACGGCCCCAUCAACUACAAGCCCAGUGCCGCCUGUCCACCCUGCCCCAUUGGGCCAUGUGCCCCCGGAGGACCCUGCUGCCCGUUGCCCUGCUUCUCCACCAACCAGUAUCCCAUCGCGGAAGGACGUUGCGGACCUUGCGGUCCAUGUGGACCGGGCUGCGGACCUUGCGGUCCGGGCUGUGGUCCUUGCGGACCUUUUGGACCGGGCUGUGGUCCUUGCGGGCCUUGCGGGCCUUUUGGACCGGGCUGUGGUCCUUGCGGACCUUUCGGACCGGGCUGCGGUCCUUGCGGACCUUGUGGACCGAGUUGCGGUCCCUACGGACCUUGCUAAGGUGGAUAGCACUCGUACAAGUCGAAUGGCCGUCUGCCAGAAGUCUACGUUUGAGAAGUCUUACCUAUAAAAUUAUGCCAGUGCAGGAUGGAAGUAUGCAAGUUUUGGUUAAGUUCCGAAUAAAUUUUAUAUAAUA